UUGGGCAGAUUUACGGACGAUGGCCCUCCUUAAACGAAAACAAUUUUGGUUACAAAAGUAGUAUUUUAAUCAGUAUAAUUUAUAGAUAAACACAUGACCGCAUCCAGAUUGUCACAAUGUCUUUAGAAGAUCCUUUCUUCGUGGUGAAGGAAGAGGUAGAGAAGGCUGUGAACACAUCAGAAGGUCUUUACCAACGAUGGUGUGAACUUCUAGACGACUCCAACUCAGUCGGCAAAGAAGAGUAUGACUGGACGACAAAUGAACUCCGUAAUAGCCUCAGGAGUAUCGAGUGGGAUCUUGAAGACUUGGAAGAGACCAUUGGUAUUGUUGAAGCAAAUCCAAGGAAGUUUAAGCUAGAAGGAAGUGAGUUAGAGAUAAGACGACAGUUCGUCACUGACACCAAAAGGAAAAUGCAAGAAAUGAAAGACCACAUGGCCAGUCCAAGUACCAGAACAAGAGAAGAGAAGAGGAGUCGGCAGGCAUUGAUGAAUAAUGGCCCAAGUAAAUCGCAAGGAAAGUACAGCAAACUCGACAAUGAAAUAGAAGAGAAUAAUCAGAAUUAUAUUGACGAAUCACGGCAACAGCAACAGAUGUUAAUUGAAGCCCAGGAUGAUAAUAUCGUUAGAGUAGCCGAUAGCGUUGGUGUGUUAAAACACAUGGGACAGACAAUAGGAAACGAACUGGAUGAACAAGCAGUUAUGUUAGAUGACUUCCACACUGAAAUGGAGAAUACAGAAACCAAACUAGACGCAGUUAUGAAGAAGAUGGCCAAAGUAACACACAUGUCCAGUGAUCGAAGACAAUGGAUCGCCAUCUUGGUCUUAAUCGUCAUCAUGAUCAUAGUACUUAUCCUGUUCUUUCUACCGAUAUGAAGCAGAACCUCAUAGUCAAUAA